AUGAUGAAUGACAACAUUAUCAAGUAUGGAAAGUCUACCAACGACAUCAAUGCGGACCCCUCCACCUUGGAAGCCACAGCUUCCAAUGUAGAAGGGACCUGUGUGGAGACAGACCAUCUGAAGCGAGAGUUCAAAGAGCGUCUUGUCAGAGGCGGACCUGCGAGUCUUCUGAUUGCAUACUCCAUCAUUGGUGCCGUGGUCUUCUUCAUCAUGACAGCAGUGGGGGAGAUGGCAACUAUACUACCAUCAGACAAAGGCUUGGCCGGCUACGCAACUCGAGUUGUUGAUCCAGCUUUGGGGUACGCCACAGGCUGGAAUUACUUUCUCAAAUAUGCGAUUGUCCUCCCCAACAACCUCACGGCCGCCGGCAUCAUCAUACAGUACUGGCGCCCAGACCUCAAUGUUGCCAUAUUUGUUACAACCUUUACUGUUGCAAUUAUUGCUGUCAAUGUUCUUCAGGUAUCAUUCUUCGGCGAAGCGGAAUUCUGGAUGUCCACCAUCAAACUCCUUGUCAUCAUCAUGCUCAUCCUGACCUGUUUCAUCAUCUCCGUGGGCGGGCAGCCCUCCGGCGAGGUGCCUUUGGAGAGUAUCUUGUCGACCGGCCGACCGGCCGCUUCCUCGGAUUCUGGGCCGCCUCCUCGGAUUCUGGGCCGCCUCCUCGGAUUCUGGGCCGCCAUGGUGCAGGCCUGCUUCGCGUACACGGGAACCGAGGUCGUCGGCGUCGCCUUUGGCGAGGCGCCGAACCCGCGCAAGACGAUCCGCGUGGCCGUCCGCCAGCCCCUGUGGCGGAUCGUCUUCUUCUAUGUCCUCGGCGCGUUGGUGCUUGGCAUGUCAGUGCCGUAUACCAAUGACCUGCUCAUCGGCGGGACCAAGAAGAGCACGGGUGCCGCGGCGAGCCCGUUUGUCAUUGCGGUGCAGCUUGCUAGUUACAAUGCCUUCAUCCCCAAGUUUACCGUAUCGACUUUCAUGACCUCAUACAUCGGCAUUGCUAUCUACUUGGUGAAUAUUAUGAGCUACAAGGUGUACGCCAAGACCAAAAGAGUGGAGCUUACCACCAUGGACCUCGUCACCAAUAGACUUGAAGAUGACGGGAGCAGAUAUCCCAGCACUCUGGAGAAGGCCGCCGCGUGGGUGAUGCGUCAAUGCAAGAAUUGA